AUGUGCCGACAAGUCCAACCACUUAUCCAAACAGAAGCUAGACAGGCGCUCCGCCAUUUUCCCGAGCAGCGUCCGCACGACUCCGGUUCACCUAUCAAUAGCGUGCGGCGUAAUUUCGCCGAGAUUGCCGUUCACCGUCGUCGUGGAGCUUUUUACAGCGGCGGAUGCUCUUUAGGUCCCGAGUUCCUUGCCGCUGACGCGGCCGUUUGCGCCACUUUCGCGGCCGGCCGA